UUUACUUAAUGUCAUCAUGAUCAGAUCAGAUCAUAAUGCGAUAGGUUAAUUAUUUGUCAUUUCAGUAAUUUAAUUGAAUGACGAUUGUUAAUUGUUCUCAAAACUUAAUGUACAAUACUUUCUGUGAUAGUAUAUUUGUUAUUAGUUUGUGUUUUAUUCCAAAUCAAAUGUUUAGUUUAUUUGGUUCAAUGAUGCAGUGUAAAAUGUUGUAAUGUUUUUGGUUAGGUAUUGUAGUGCCAAGGGAUAGGCCUACCUCAAAAUGUUAUUUGCAAGACCCAUUAAUUUGACAAUGUACAAGGGUGCAAAGUAUUUUUUAAAUCCUCAUAGACUUAAUUUGUGGCAAGUAUGUUAUUUAGAUCACAAUUUAAAUAAAAUAGCUUUAAUAUAUAAGCCAAAGAGACAUAUUUCACUUACUACUUGUAAAUGUAACAGUGAAAAUGGUUUAGGACCAUCUUAUGUAUUAAGGAACAAAAUUAAUUCAGGAGAGCUUUUGUCCGACGAGUAUCAAGAAAGAGUCGCAGAAUCUUUGCAAAUUGUUUUUAACAAUAUUCAAGACUAUACACCGCCAGUUAACAAUAUUUUCUCCAAGUUGUUUGCAAAAAAAUCCAAGAAGAAAAUACCCAAAGGACUAUACAUUUAUGGUUCUGUAGGAGGAGGGAAAACUAUGCUAAUGGACUUGUUUUAUGAAUGUGUUGAGAACAGUCAAAAGAGGAGAGUCCACUUUCACUCUUUUAUGAUGGAUGUUCAUGCAAGAAUUCAUGAAGUACGUAAACAUAUUGUUAGGGACGUCACAAGUACAAAACCUCAGCCAUUCGAUCCGAUCCCGCCUGUUGCAGAAGCCCUUAGUGCCAAAGCAUGGAUGCUGUGUUUUGAUGAAUUCCAAGUGACGGACAUAGCUGACGCAAUGAUCCUCAAGCGGCUGUUCACGGAACUGUUUGACAGGGGAGUGAUUGUUGUCGCAACCAGCAACAGACCUCCAGACGAUCUUUAUAAGAACGGACUCCAAAGAUCCAACUUUGUUCCCUUCAUCCAAAUACUGAAAGACCACUGUGAAAUCACAUGCCUUGAUUCUGGCAUCGAUUACCGAACAAAAGCCAACCCAGCAAGUGAAACGACUUAUUUCGUGAAGUCAGACAAAAACACUGAUGCUGAACGAGGUGUCAAUAAAAUAUUCAAGAUGCUGUGUGCUAACGAAAACGACAUAAUUCGACCAAGGGUGCUGAACAUCAACGGACGUAAUGUAACCUUCAACAAAACAUGCGGCCAAGUUUUGGACAGCAAUUUUGAGGAACUUUGUGAUCGGCCAUUGGGAGCGCACGACUAUCUACAAAUGUCUCAAGCAUUUCACACAAUAAUCAUCAGAGAUGUACCAAUCCUGAGUUUGAAGAAUCGCUCACAAGUUCGGAGGUUUAUUACACUGAUUGACACGUUGUACGAUAACAAGGUAAGAGUGGUAGUGUCCGCUGAUGCGCCUCACAAAACACUGUUCAUUGCUCAUGGAGACGAGGAACACACGGAUGAAAAGAGAAUGCUCAUGGAUGAUCUGAACAUUGCCCCAGGAUCUGAAAAUGCAACAGCAACAAUAUUCACUGGAGAAGAAGAGAUAUUUGCGUUCCAUCGAACAGAUUCUCGACUCUCGGAAAUGCAGACGGAGGAAUACUGGAGCCAGUGGGACAAACUGAGAUGAACACAAAGUUUUAGUUUAAAAUCAGGGUGUUACUUAAUGCUGUAUAGUUUUUAGAAAUUGUAUUUUAUUGUAUUGUAUUGGAUUGAGAUUGGGUUGGACACAGGGUCCAUGCACAUCAACCGAUGCUUAUUGUGCAUACCCUAAUUGCCACUAACUGUAAACGUGGUGUCCUUGCAGGAGCUUUUGUCCAAUGUUAGUGGCUGAUUCAUCACGUAGUUGCUGUAGACCAAACAGGGCCCUUCUAUAGCCCCAAGUCUGUUGCAGUGUAGAAUAAUGUGUUUUGCAGUCUCAUCGGAAAUGGUUGCAAAGUCGACACUCCUCAUUGUCAACGAUUUCUAGAGUGUGAAGGUGUUUCCUGAAAUAGCCCUGUCCAGUUAUAAGAGCAAGUACCUGUUGACCUUCCAACCUUCCUUGAUAUUGUUAUACUGUCCUUUAGCAGCCAGCAAGUGAAGAGAAUGCUAGCUUCUGAGAGCAGUUUCUUGCCAAGUGAUAGUCCAGGGUAUUUACGCCAACACUCUAGGUGCUGUUCCCUGGACCAUUUGUUGAUUGCAUGUUAGGCGGUAGAUUUGCUAGUGCGACGGAAUGGCUCUGGUCCAAGGAAUGGCAUGCUCGCACUUUUUUUUGCCAGCUUAUCUGCACUCUCGUUGCCACGUAUUCCUACAUAGCCCAGAACCCAGCCAAGAGUUACAGAGCUGUGUGUAGAUAGUUUGCAGGGUGUUGAAACACUCCCGGGCUAGCUUUGAAGUGACUUCAUUUGAAUCAAGAGCUUUAAGAGCAGCCUGACAAUCAGACAAAGUCACUAUCUUCAUGUCUUGGUAGCGUAUGGCUAGUCCUAGGUUGGCACAAGCCAAGAUGCCACAAAUUUCUGCCUGGAAGAUGGUAUAGUAUCGUCCCAGACUGGCAGAAAGUUCCGUUCAAGGUGAUCGACUGUAUACUCCGAAGCCUCAUUUUCCAUCAAUUAGGUCAGUGUACUAGACGAAGGUCUCUGUUUCUUGGAGAUGUCCUUCCCGACGUUACCACUUAUCCCUGGAGCGGAAUUCAACAGUGAAGGGUUUGGUGAAAACUGCCUCUGUGCUCAGGACAUCUGAGGUCAUGUCAAGCACAGGACAUACAGCUUCUGUUUUUUUAUAAUUUGGCUAUGACAGUUACUUGAUUCAUCUUUGCCCAUUAGACUACCGAGAACCAUAGGUAAUUUGAGGCCUUACCACAGCCUCAUAUAGCCAGAGUGUUACAUGGUGUUAGUUCCCAUGCAAAUCUCCUGGACGUCAUGAGCGCCCAUUUAUCCUUAUGCAGUGCAUUGUUCAGGUGGUUGUUCCACGUCAGCUUGGAGUCAAGUGUCAGUCUUGAAUACUUGACUGUGCUUGACACUCCCAGCGGAGUAGUACCAAUUUUCAACCUGGAAAGAGAAUCUAAGUUCUUUUUCUU